GUUAAAAAUUAGCAUGACAAAACUCAUCGCCGCCGAAUUACAGACAUUCGCUCUUCGGAAGGUUAAAUUGAAACUUUUUAACUUAAAACCCUCCACACACACUCCUCAAUUUCCCCCCAAUUAAAUUCACCAAACCCUAAUCUUCGAUCUCUUCAACCUGCGCCAGACGAUUACGCUUUGAGUUGUAGCUAUGAGCCGAUACGACAGCCGCUCCGGCGACCCUGCAUCCUACCGCGACCGCCGUGGGGAUUCGGGAUUUGGUUAUAAGAGAGAAUACGAGAGCAGCAGCUAUCCAUCUUCAUCUUCGGGGAAAAGGGAGCACGAGGGUGGAGCACAGUCUCCGCCUCGGAAAUCGAAUUUGGAUGGACUGACGCCGUUUGAGAAGAACUUUUAUGUGGAAUCUCCGUCUAUUGCUGCUAUGUCAGAAGGAGAGGUGGAGGAGUAUAGGCUCCGGCGCGAGAUUACUGUCGAAGGAAAGGAUGUGCCGAAGCCCGUUAAGAGUUUUGAUGAUGUUGGUUUUCCGGAUUAUGUUAUGCAAGAAGUCGUAAAGGCUGGCUUUACGGAACCUACACCUAUCCAAGCUCAAGGUUGGCCUAUGGCCUUGAAAGGACGAGAUCUUAUUGGUAUUGCAGAGACAGGGUCUGGGAAGACAAUUGCUUAUCUCUUACCAGCUAUUGUUCAUGUUAAUGCCCAACCAUUUUUAGCUCCUGGAGAUGGCCCCAUAGUUCUAGUAUUAGCUCCAACUCGUGAACUUGCCGUUCAGAUACAACAAGAAGCUACUAAAUUUGGUGCAUCAUCAAAGAUUAAGAGUACAUGCAUAUAUGGUGGGGUUCCAAAGGGGCCCCAAGUUCGUGAUCUUCAGAAAGGUGUUGAAGUUGUAAUUGCUACACCUGGAAGGUUAAUUGAUAUGUUGGAAUCACAUCAUACAAACUUGCGGAGGGUAACAUAUCUGGUACUGGAUGAGGCGGAUCGGAUGCUGGACAUGGGCUUUGAGCCUCAGAUCCGAAAAAUUGUUGAUCAGAUUCGCCCGGACCGUCAAACUUUGUACUGGAGCGCGACUUGGCCUAAGGAAGUUGAACAACUUGCCAGACGUUCCCUGUUUAAUCCAUAUAAAGUAACUAUAGGUUCGCCAGAUCUGAAAGCCAACCAUGCAAUUCGCCAGCAUGUUGAAAUUGUCUCCGAGAAUCAAAAAUACAACAAAUUGGUGAAGCUUCUGGAGGACAUUAUGGAUGGUAGCCGGAUUUUAAUAUUUAUGGACACCAAAAAAGGUUGCGAUCAAAUAACUAGGCAGCUCCGCAUGGAUGGUUGGCCUGCAUUAUCCAUUCAUGGUGACAAAAGUCAAGCGGAGAGAGAUUGGGUCCUAUCGGAAUUCAGAGCUGGCAAGAGUCCCAUAAUGACAGCUACCGAUGUAGCAGCUCGUGGCUUAGAUGUCAAGGAUGUGAAAUAUGUCAUCAAUUAUGACUUUCCGGGAUCUCUAGAGGAUUAUGUUCAUCGUAUAGGUCGUACUGGAAGGGCAGGUGCAAAAGGAACCGCAUACACUUACUUCACUGUUGCUAAUGCCAGAUUUGCAAAGGACCUCAUUAAUAUUCUCGAAGAGGCUGGACAGAAGGUCAGUUCUGAGCUCGUAGCUAUGGGCCGUGGUGCACCUCCUCCUCCAGCGUAUGGAGGUAGCCGUGGAAGGGGAUUUGGUGGUGGCCGAUCUUGGAACUGAGAAACGAAUGUCGAUAAAGCUACGUGCAAUGGUAUUAUUAGUUUCAGUUAUUUUGAGAAGAUGAUGCAGUUUUUUGGCAGAGUCAUGAUUUUAUUAUGCUUGUAAACAGCUGAAUCUUCCUUGUGUAACAUUUGUUGAGGACUUCAAUUUAGAAAGAGAAAUACUUCAUACUUAUGUGGUUUUGAUACUUGUGUUAAUAUCUAUUUUGGAUCAUGAUUAAAAUUUCAAUUA